UGGCCAUGCGAUUAGGGCAGUCUAGAAGACUUCGGGUUACUACUGGAUGUUUAACAUGUCGCGCUCGACGCGUCAAAUGCGAUGAGAAGCGGCCAGUUUGCCAGAAUUGUCUAAAGAGAAAUCGGCCUUGUCGAUACGGAAAUAAUGUGUCUGCUGGCAGGAGUCGGGGCACUGAGUCUCGACAAAGGCGGAAUGAAAAUGGAGAAGAUGACGUUUUGCAGGAGGAUAUGGGAGGGGAGAACUCCUCUCAGAGAGGACAGUCACUGAAUACAUCCCGAAUACUGGGGCCAGUCUAUGAGGAUGUCCAUCACAGCAGCCUCAUAUCAAAUCCAGAACGAGGAACUAGGUCAACUCCAUCUAUAUCAUUCCAAGCCGAUGAAUCAUUCGCAUCCCAGAGACUGUCACCAUCGCCACCUGCGACAAACCUUUGCUCUAUCCUUCAACAUGCAAACCUGCCAGGACCUACACAUUCACACGAUGGAUCAAGCGACAUUCGUUCUCCCCUGUAUUCAGCAUUGAGCCAUCGACCGACGCCAGAGUCGGUUGAUGAUCAACAUCAUUCAAUACUCAUCUCUUUUCGAGUUACUGAUCCUAUCCAACUAUCGCCUGCAGAAGUACUAUUGCUCCGGAACUAUGUAGAAAGAGUUUCAAAAUGGAUCGACUCAUUUUCUCACGAUCAGCCAUUCUACCUUCAAGUCCCCGCCAUGGCACUUCAUUGCCCGACGCUUUUACACUCCUGCCUGGCUGUCUCAGCAAAGCAAAUGACGCGAGCCCCUCAAAGCAGCAGCCCCAUGCUUGAGCAUUCGCCUAUCUUCUACUAUAGACAGGCGCUCCAAGAAAUGAGCCACUUUCUGAUAGAGCCUCGAUAUUCUGGUAGCGACGAACUACUCGCUUCAAGCAUCAUCCUUUCAACGUAUGAGAUCCUAGACGUAGCAGGAGAAAGCUUCGGCUCUCACCUAAAAGGCGUAGCAAGUCUAAUACGCUCCCACCGCAUCAAUGGCGACGAAACUGGGAUUCGAGGCGCCACGUAUUGGACUUGGUAUCGGCAUGAAGUGUGGGUUGCCUUUCAGGCUCGUCGACAGAUGUUCCUGGACGAGGAGUAUUGGAGGCCUAAGGCUGUCGAUACCUUUGAGGGAAUUUCGAUCCGUGAUAUUGCAAAUCGGGUGUUGUUUCUAUUUGGGCAGUGUAUCACCUACUGUAUUACCAGUACGAAAAGGCAAAGUACAGAGGACUGGACAGGGGCUCAGCAGAGACGGGCGAAGGAAUUGGGGGACCUUCUCGAAGACUGGAAGAUGAAGCUACCCCGAUCCAUGGCGACUUGCUGUAUGGAGCAACCAUCGAAAAAUAUGGAAGAAUAUCAGCUACCAUCUGUUUGGUUUGCAUAUCCUGAAAGUGCGGUCUCCCACCAACUAUACCACACCUCCAAGAUCCUACUCACACUACACCGUCCCUCUACUUCUGAUACAGCACAUGAUCCAUUCCACACUCGUCGCGAACUAGAGAAAUCCCGUCGAGAAGUCUUCAUGGUGGCCAAUUCCAAGAUCCACGAAACCUGGGGACUGAUAUCGACGCAGUGUCUGUAUAUUGCCGGUCUCGUGACGGAUGGGGUUCUCGAGAGACAGCGUACCCUUGAACUAAUCGAGUUAUGCCAGAAGACUUCAGGACGGCAAACUAUUUGUAUUGCAGACCAGCUUCGUGAAUUUUGGAAAGUUGGUUGAACCUAUUAGCAUUAGGCAGCUUUAAGAACACUACUGAUGGUUUCUCUCAUUCACAUAGCACUUAAGCUGCG